GACGUCAUUUUGAGUUACUUUAGAUGCUUCUCAACACAUUUCCGUUAUGCGAAGUCCAACCUGUUGGUUUGUCGUCGUGCUGCGGUGGGUGCCCAUCCGAGAUAACGGAGAACCAGUGAUUCUCAGCCGGUCUGGUUACUGCAAUGAAUGGUAACACUAUCCAUCCAGCCAACACCACCACAACAGCAGGAGGAGGCCCAGGUGUGGCAGCGGCCCCGAGAGGCUGGAGGGAGUUCUGCGAGCUACACGCCAUUGCCACAGCCCGGCAGCUUGCCGGACACUACCGGAGCUUUGCCAGAGAGCGCCCUCAACAUGAAGUACUUCCACCAGAGACCUUUUCCAAGCAGUUCUCCGAUCUCUUCCAGCAACACUUCUGCUGUGAGGUCAACAAAGAUGGCACUCCACUCCGCCAGAGCACAUGCUCUACUGCUACCGGAAGUGCUUCCUCCAGCACUCCAGUGGCACCUCCCCUCCAAUCACAGGCUGUGAUUAGUCGAUUGCGGAUCACGUCUUUGUCUGGGGUGCAGGAUUAUCGGGAGGCGGGCCGACCAAUUGGGGGAGCUGCUCUGUUCACCGUGGUGUCACCGAAAGUGGAGCCGGUGGUGGUGAGCCGGGAACAAGAGCAGCCGCUGCGAUGUUCUGCAGGAAAUUCCUUAUCAGCAAACCCGGUGGUGCUUAGGGGCUCGACUCGUAGUAUCGGCAGCGGGUCACUUCUGAUUCGUAGCCGUAGCAACGAGGAAAUCUCUGGCACUGACCGUCGCCAGGUAUCUGAACGGUACUCAUCUGACUCCUCAACUUCCAACCCUGCACACCCUGACAUCACACACUUCUCCUUCAGUCAAAUACAGCAGAGCGUAAGACGGCUUCUCAAGAAACGGCCCGUCCCCAGCCCCCCCUCACCCCAGGACCUGUCUCCUAGCAACCCCAUUAACAUUAAUCCCCCAAAUAAUGCCGACAGAGUGGGCGGAGUGUCCUCCGCAACAGAGCAAGUGUCAUCCAUCUCAUCAUCUUCCCACUCCUCUUCCUGUCUGAACUCUGAAGCCACGCCCCUAGCCUCCUCACACCUAUCUAACUUCCUGGAUCGUUUCCGUUGGUUACGCAGUGGAAGCAUGAGGCAGAGGAGGUCAGAAGUGAGUGGCUGCUGUAAAGAGGGCCAACUGAGGUACUUGCUGGUGGAUGACACUAUCUCAGACUCUCAGCCCCGCUGGCAACGCUGCCGCCUGCUGGUCAGGAGGAUCAGGGACGCUCAAGGUGGAGGAGGAGGUGGAGGAGUAGGAGGAGGAAGAGGAGGAGGGGAGAGAUACCAGUUGGAGCUGUAUGAUCCUCCAAAGGCCUCCAGUCCCAAGCUGACGACUCACUGCUCAGAUAUCCAAGAAGUCCGUCGUUGCACCCGGCUGGAGAUGCCCGACAACUUAAACACAUUUGUUUUAAAGGUUAAUCGAGGUAGUCUGAUAUUUGAGACAGACAACGACCAGCAGGUCAGCUCCUGGACCACAGAGCUAAAGGAAUGUAUCAGCAACAGGUCAGGCAGUGUGGAUCUGGAGCCCCUCCCCUCUCCAGCUGACAGCUCUGUUCCAGCCAAUCACAGAGGGAGUUCAGAGUCAGGAAGUCACAUUCCCCUCACCUUCGCCCCGCCAGAACAGGUUGUCCAGAAGACCGAUCACUUCCUGUUCUCCUACCCCUGGUUCCAUGGGCCCAUCUCCCGGGUCAAGGCAGCCUACCUGGUUCAGAGCUCUGGACCAGAGGGACAUGGAGUGUUUCUGGUCCGACAGAGCGAGACUCGCAGGGGAGACUACGUCCUCACGUUUAACUACCAAGGAAAAGCAAAGCACCUGCGCCUCUCUCUAACAGAAUGGGGUCAGUGCAGGGUGCAGCACCUGCGCUUCCCCUCCGUCAUGGACAUGCUCAGUCACUUCCGCCUCUUCCCCAUCCCUCUGGAGUGCGGAGCCGCGGGUGCCGUCACGCUGUCCAGCUUCGUAGUGGCGGGCUCCAGCCCUCCGUCACAGGGUCAGCUCUCCAACGCUCUCCUGGUCCCCUUCUCCCUGCACCGCUGGAACUCGGAGCCCAACUUGGCUCACUGCAGCCUGGCUCGCAACUCCAGCCAGCCCCACUCCUCCUCCUCCACCAGCAGCACCACCUCCAGUCCAAGCUCCGUCUCCCAGCCGGGAAACCACCCAUUUCUUCGCGCCAACGCUGCCCCUCCUACAUCAGCCCCUGUUCCAUUGCGUCGGAGUGAGUCAGUGGGCAGGGCGCCCCUGCUUCGCCACACCAACCCCCGCACUUCCAUCAUCCCUCAGCGGGACUCAGACUAUGAGCUGGAGCCAGAGCGCAACCGAAAGCGGGCGAUAGACAACCAGUACAUGUUGCUCUGACCCCACUGAGUCACCCGCCUCCAUCACCUCCAACAGACGGCAGUCUCCUGUGAAGCCGACACGCUCACACACACUCACGCAUACGAUCAUGCACACAUCAUCCAGGCGUAUUUUGUUGCCCCACCCAGCUUCACGUGGGUGUACGAGACUCUCAGAGAGCACAUGAUAGUAACAUGAUUACAGCAGACUCAUGAACUUGAGCGUGUAAGUCUUUGUCUGAUGAAUGCGCGGCAGUGUGUAUAUCACACAGAAACACACACUCACACUCACUAGGUCUGUGCUGGGUGUGUGUUUACCAGCGUCAGAUCCUCACAACCUCCACCCCCUCCCCGAGUGUCCACAGUGAAUGUAUUUUUGGGAGUUUUAUAACAGUGUUGACUAUGAUGAUUAUUCUUGUUUUUAAUGAUGUUGAGGUUGUGUGUGAGAGAGGGAGGGAGAGCCACGUGUGUAGCUGUCCUCAAGCCCGAGCAAAAAAUAUUUCUACAAAGUUUGAAUCCAGGUGAUUUCACAGAGCUGUGCUUGAUUUAACUUCUUUGGCACUUAACCUGAAGCAGUGAUGGGAAAGCAGUGCCUGUAAAAUGAGUUAAAUCAAGCGCUCCUUUAAAAAUGUUCAAAAGACAUUUACUCUUCACACAAAGUUCCCCGUGUGGAGCAAACUCACCUUUUAUACAAACACACAAACAAAAAGCACUCAAUUGGAGAGUGUCUACACUCUAUUAGAUAUUCCUCCUCUUGCACAUUAUCUUACAUUUAAGUGCACAAUGCUUUCAGUGCACUUUGGAAACAAUGUGUAUUUUUUCUAUACACAGAUUCUUUUGUAGAAAAAUAAAGUAAAAAAUAAAGUAAAAAGAAGUAAACUUGGUUAAAGUCAGUUGGGAAGCUGACCCGCUUCCACGACUACUCCCCGAAACCAUCACCGAAGCAAUUCCAGAGAAUGACGGAAAAUUAUCAACAUUCAUCAGUUUGUACCUGAAGCCGUGGGAACUCGUCGCUGUUUGCGUGUGUCAGAUGUGUCCAUACAGUACGCGAGAAGUGAAAAGUGUCGUCUGUCAGCAUGAUCGCGCUGACCUCAGUCUGGUACAAUAUUCACCUCCGAGUCAGCCUGUGAGUUUGUGUCCCAGCACUCGCAGGUUUUCCAAAAUCAGAGUGUUUUUGUUCUGUUGUAAAUCAGCGGAACCAAGUUUACUCUGCGCUUACGUACUCUGAAGAAACCUUUCUCCAGGUAGUGUAGUAUAUAUGUUUAUAUAUUUAAAGCACCAAAGGCAUUAUGUGCACAAAAUGAACUUUUGGGCAAGCGCGAAGUGUCACUUGGCAUCACAGACUGCUAAAAUUCAGAGAAACGGACGUAAUAUGUGUAGAUAUUAUCACCAGCCUGCAAAACUGAACAGUGGUUUAGAAAUGGAUGGAUGAAUUGAUAUCAUCUUUCCUGAUGCUUAACAGUGUUCUGAGUCGUAGAUAGAUAAUAUUUCUGCCACAAAAUGCAGUCAGAAGUGUGUUUCUAUCAACAGCGUCUCUGUUCAGGAUGCCAGUUGAUAGUACCAGAAAUGCAGAAAAUGUAUUCUGUGGCACCGAACGCCGGCCGAGUGUAAUUAAGUUAAUGUCAUCCCGAGCGUUACAAAUGAUGACAUAUCAAUUAUACUUCCUUUCUAUUGAGGGCGGUGGCAUAUAAAGAAUUUCUGUGUCACCAAAAGUGAUGCUUGGCACCCCAGGGUGCACUUUGCACACAUAAAGCAAAAAACUAGGCACCCAAUAACAUACAUGAAGUUGAGAGGAUUCACUUGAGAGAUGGAAACACUCCACGUACAGGGCAACAAGAAGCAGGAAUUCAAUCUCGUGUUGUCCUUUCAGCGAUGUGAUUUUUAACGUUUUAGAUUUAAAAUGUUAAGAGUGACAUUACUGAAGUCACACAAAUAGAAUAAUUAAAAAAAACAUUUUCUUACAAUUGUGGGAGUGGCAUCAUAUCUGACUCUACUUUUUACACUCAUAGCAUUAAUUAUUUUUUAUUUAAGUAUUUCUUUUUUCCUGCAACUUCACCACAACGACAAAUAGAUAAAAACAAAGAGGACACAGCAAUAAUACAUUUUUACACUAUUUUUACAAACCAAUGAUCACAUAUUUCCUCAGUGCAAUUUGUCCUCUGGUUUUAUGUUUACCCUUUAACUGGAUUACCAAUCAAUAAUUUGAGGUGCCUUUGAAGAUUGUCUCGAACCACCAAUUUAAAAGCUGCACUGACUAAAACAGAUCUAUAUCACUUUACUCAGGUGUACAUUUUGUCUUUUUAUUUUUUUCAUUUUUUUUCAUACACCAAACAAACAAGCUUUUACCAAAGCAAGCGUGUCCUUCCACGUCUAUUCUGGUGUCCAGUUUGUUUGUUGCCUCCAGGUCUGAGUUUUCCCAAAAGAGCUGACAUGUGACCAAAACUGAUCCAAACCUGCUGGUGUUUCUGUCUUGAGCCAGAAAUGAAAAGAUCAGCCUGUGGACACCACCAGAUUUUUUUAUUUGCCUUAUCUCUCCUCUUGCCGUAGAAACCUUAAAAGCUUCUUUUUUUUUAUUAUUCUGGAAAACCGAUGAAGAUUAUCACACGAACAGUGACCAGUAGUAGUAGUAAUAAUGUACAUUUCCCCCAAAGAUGAAACAUCAAAUUGUCUUUUUUUUUCUCCUAUUUUUGGAUUAACUGAAGCUUCACUCACAGUAGUGGCCAGACAUAUUUGGGAAAUAGUGUGCUAGGACUUGUCUGUUUAUCUUCUAACCUCGCUUUAACACUAACUUAGCAGUUGAUUAAGAUUUUACCUUGGAUAAGCCUACACCUGACGUAGGUUUAGACCAGAUUCUGUCUGUCUCUGUGCCCUCAUUUCUCUCACUUCUGUUUAGUUUUUAUAAGAGCAACGCAUAAAUGCAACUCAAUUUCCAAACAAACAUGAUCAAGUCAGCCGUGAUUACUCCUCUCAAGUCAGCUUUGUCUACCAAAGGAACAUUUUGUUUUAUUUUUAUUUUUUUUUUUACAAUGGUUCUCUAAGAAAUGAAUCGUCAUUGAUCAAGACUGACAUCUUCAAAGUGUUUUUUAAUAAGGGGAACAAAAACAAAGACGUUUUGGCAAAAGUACGGUUGGUCUUCCUGCCAUUUUUUCUUUUUUUUUUUUUUUUAAUGUGCCUGAGUUUAAACGAAUCGCAGCCCUAAUCACCCUUCUGGUUUUAUUUCUGCUAAAGGAAAGCAACGGUAUCAGUAACUAGUUUGACUAUCAGUCCCCCUCUCUUUGCUCAAUUUAAAAAAAAUAAAUUUGUUUUCCGUUUGAAGGGAGAAUGACUGUGCCUUUGCCAGAAAGCUGCUGUUGCUUUUCCCCUUUUCAAAAGCUCAGGGUGUGAUGUGGUGCAGAACUUGUCGUGCAAUAUCUGAGAUGCCCCCAUGCCUCACACCUUUUUAAUAUAAUUAUUUCUUAAUGAUGUUUGUAGGGAGCAAUCAAAGGCUUCUUAAAUGGAUGAAAUAAGCAUGCAAAUGUAAUGUUUGCACCUGCUUGUAGACAGAAGAGAAAGUAUUUGAUGAAUGCCAAAUUUACCUUGACAAAAAAAAAUGUAAAAUGCAAGUUUUAAAACCAGGGCUACCACAUUGUUGUAAUGCUUCAUGGCUUUUUAUUUCUGUCUGUGCAGGAGUCGAGUUAAUGCUAGAAAAGAUCCCCCCUGCCCGCCUCCCCCCCAUGUACCUCAGGUGUCUUUUUAUUCAACAUCUGUUCCAGCCACACCUUUAGUCUCCCUGUUUUUGUUUUUUCUAAAUGUCCAGUUGAUGAAUGUAAUGUGUUCUCAAUACUGUUCAUUCUGUUUAACUUAGCACUGUAAACAUUCCAGUUCAAUCCAACAUCCCCUCAACAGCCGACGGAAAAAAAAACCCAACAGAGCUUUUAAAUCUGUCAUCGUGUUUGCAUCCCUUUCAGUUGUAAGCAUUCUAAAUUAUAUUAUAUAUAUAUAUCAACUGUAUAUUUGACUUUUUGUAAA